AGGGUGGGUUUCUACUGCUAGGGUUUUUCCUCCGCUAUCGUUUUAUAACGAGAAGUGGCCGUCGCAGGCGGGCUUAGUCGUACAGGGUUUCCUCUUCCGCCAUCAAUUGGGCGGUUUUUUUCUUCUUUUGCUUGGCGAGAUUAAGCGGAGGUAAGAUGAUGCUUAAUCUCUAGCGGCCGAAGGUUGUGCAAGGACAGAAGAUGGAUGCUUGGUCUUUGGCGGCCAAAGGUAUGGACGAAGCGUGUAGCUUGAGGUUGGAACAAAUCUGGAUUCGAGGUAAUCUGUUUUGGUGGCAACAAAGGAGGCUUGGUAGAAAACCUGAUGAAUAACAGGCAACGUGAGGAAGAAGCUUCGGUACUGCUGGAUCGUCCCCCUCCUGAACCGCCGCCAUGGAGUGCAGGAGAGUCUAGGGUUUGGAAGCAUCAUUUUAAUUUUACCGUUUGCUUGCGUUAUAUUUUUCAUUAUCAGGCUGUUUAUUUUUCUGUUGGUUACUUUUAUUAUUAUAAGACUCUUGCAUUAGGAUUGAGUGAGGUUUGGUCUACUUCAAUCGUCUAUAGCUCAGGUUUGCCCAUUAAUGGAUCAACGAGUUAUAUUGCUUGUUUGAAGGUGAUUAACUCUAAGUCUGGUUCGAGGGUUGACGGUUGUUUGUGGUUCCUUACUUAUUUUAUUCCUUUUCUGAAUGCUAAUGCUUUGAUUUCAAUAUAAGUCCC